UUUCUCUAGAGUUGUAUAUAUAGAACAUCCUGGAGUCCACCAUGAAUGGGCAGUUGGAUCUGAGUGGGAAGCUAAUCAUCAAAGCUCAACUUGGAGAGGAUAUUCGACGAAUUCCCAUUCAUAAUGAAGAUAUUACUUAUGAUGAAUUAGUGCUAAUGAUGCAGAGAGUCUUCAGAGGAAAACUUCUGAGUAAUGAUGAAGUUACAAUAAAAUAUAAAGAUGAAGAUGGAGAUCUUAUAACAAUUUUUGAUAGUUCUGACCUUUCCUUUGCAAUUCAGUGUAGUAGAAUACUGCAACUGACGUUAUUUGUUAAUGGCCAACCAAGACCCCUUGAAUCAAGUCAGGUGAAAUAUCUUCGUCGAGAACUGAUAGAACUUCGAAAUAAAGUGAAUCGCUUAUUGGAUAGCUUGGAACCACCUGGAGAACCGGGACCAUCCACCAACAUUCCUGAAAAUGAUACUGUGGAUAGUAGGGAAGAAAAGCCUGCUGCUUCUGAUUCUUCUGGGAAACAGUCUACUCAGGUUAUGGCAGCAAGUAUGUCAGCUUUUGAUCCUUUAAAAAACCAAGAUGAAAUCCAUAAAAAUGUCAUGUCAGCAUUUGGCUUAACAGAUGAUCAGGUUUCAGGGACACCCAGUGCUCCUGCCAAAGACCGUUCAGGAACUCCCGACAGCAUUGCUUCCUCCUCCUCUGCAGCUCACCCACCAGGAGUUCAGCCACAGCAGCCACCAUAUACAGGAGCUCAGACUCAAGCAGGUCAGAUGUACCAGCAGUACCCGCAGCAGGCUGGCUAUGGCACUCAGCCACAGGUGCCCCCCCAGCCGACGCAGCAGUACGGUAUUCAGUAUGCAGCAGGCUACAGCCAUCAGACUGGACCCCAGCAACCUCAGCAGUUCCAGGGAUAUGGCCAGCAGCCAGCUUCCCAGGCACCGGCUCCUGCCUUCUCUGGUCAGCCUCAGCAACUUGCUGCUCAGCCGCCACAGCAGUACCAGGCGAGCAGUUACCCUCCACAGACCUACACUACCCAAACUUCUCAGCCCACUAAUUACACUGUGGCCCCUGCCUCACAACCUGGAAUGGCUCCAAGCCAACCGGCCUAUCAACCAAGACCAGGUUUCACUCCACCUCCUGGGAGUACCAUGACCCCUCUUCCGAGUGGGUCUAACCCUUAUGCACGCAGCCGUCCUCCCUUUGGUCAGGGCUAUACCCAACCUGGACCAGGUUAUCGAUAAGGAGGCUCAGUUACACUGAUGAAUGUAGCUGCUAGCUGUUUGUCUCCCAAAAGACUCCAAUACUACUAUUUUAAUUUGUAUUGAAGUUUACAAGUUUAAAAAGCAGAGCAUUUUUUUAUGAUAUCAUUGUUGCUGUUAAUUGAAAGUUAAUUUGCUGGAAGAAAAAAGACCAAAAUGAAAGUUUUUUUCCUCCCCUGCUUAAAAUUGUAGCAGCUCCCUAGUUAUUUUGGAACACUACUCUUACAUGUGUGCAAAGUGAUUGACUUUCUAGCUUGCCUUGUCCAGACGAUAUUAAAGUGCUGGGUUGAAGUUCAGC